UUAUACAUCACCAUGUCAUGUUUAUUUUCACUCAGUUUUAAAAAGAGUUUGAUUCUGUUUACAGUCGUAUUUGGAAACGCCAUUUUGGCAGUAAAGGGUGUUACUCUGGAAGAAAGAUACGUGGCGUCUAUGGUUCUCAGCGGUACGGGAGAUGCUCUGGGCUACAAAAACGGCGACUGGGAGUUUUGUCUCUCAGGGGAGAAAAUCCACCGGGACUUGGAGGAACUCGGUGGUCUUGAGAAUAUAUCGGUUAACCCCAAGAACUGGAAGGUUAGCGAUGACACGGUUAUGCACCUCGCCACAGCUGACGGGCUGGUGACAGGUAAAUCAGGCAAUCACUUGUUUCUUGAGAUUGCUGCCCAGUACAUCGCUUGUUUCGAUGACAUGGCAGAGCGUGCACCAGGAAACACGUGUGAAGACGGUGUUAGACAAUUAAAGCCACAGAGAGGUAAGGGAUAUAGAAUUCCCUUUAACCCUCGAGGCGCGGGAUGCGGUGCAGCAAUGAGGGCGAUGUGUAUAGGGCUUCUUUACCCUCGGCCUGAAGACAUACACAAACUUAUCGAGGUGAGCGUCGAGUCCGGUCGGAUGACACAUAACCAUCCGACAGGAUACCUAGGUGCUCUGGCUUCUGCUCUCUUCACUGCAUAUAGUGUUCAGUCAAAGCCGAUUAAGGAAUGGGGGAAAGGUCUGGUUGAUACACUUCCGGCUGCUUGGAAGUAUGUUGAGGACACAGGUGUCGAUGUUAUACAAAAUAAAGAACGCUGGGGUUAUUUUACAGAUCGUUGGGUCGAAUUCCUACAAACACGAAAUAUUGCAGAUGGAACAUCUGAACCUACAUUUCCAGAGAAGUACGGAAUAAGAGAGCGAGAUGCAUUCUACAAGUCGCUCAGCUUCAGUGGCUGGGGAGGAGCGAGCGGGCACGACGCACCGAUGAUCGCUUAUGAUGCUCUCCUUAGUUACAAUGGCACGUGGAAUGACCUCUGUAGUCGUUCUAUGUUCCAUGGCGGUGACAGUGACAGUACCGGGGCUAUUGCCGGGGCCUGGUACGGAGCGAUGCUCGGAUUCAAAGGUGUGCCAGAGGGAAAUUACAGGGAACUAGAAUACAGGGAACGACUUGAGAGACUUGCAAAAAAGCUUCUGAAAAUCAGCCAUUCCGAAGACUUCAAGGACAUACCUGCUGAUGAUAGUAACGAGGGCAUUCAGGACGAAAUCCCCGGGUCAGACCCUCUUAAUAACGAGACUGUAAAGAAAGAAUUGUAGCGAUGGAAUGCAAACCCUCAAGGCGACCCAGUGACGAAGGAGGGACUAUAGAAGUGAGGAUGUUCAAGACACAACAUGGGAAGCUAGUGCUAGUAAGGGCGGAGAAUGCCAGGAGAAACAUAUAAGCGUUUUUUACUUCUGACUUUUGCCUAUGAAAGUUAGUUUAACAAGUGUUCUAUGAUUGACUUGUUUGUACAUAUACAGUUUGAAUUAACAGUAUUUUGCUGACAGAUGAGUGACUGGUUUGAAAAAGAAGAUUCAGAACGGAAAAGGAUUUUCAAAAUGAUUAUGCAAUUUUACCCUACUGCUUUUCUGUAGAUAUUACUCGGUUAGCUAUGUAUCUAAAUUCACCAUUUGCCUCUGUUGGGUUUCGUACGUUUUCGAACAUUUUCAUUAACAGUGUUAUUGACUUUUGCUUUUAGUUUUCAUGUUAUGUUUCGUGUUACAUUGUUUUACAUUUCGUUCAGAAUUAUAUUUACAUGUUUUUUUCUCUAACGAAAAUUACUAAUGAUAAAUUCGUUUUUAUACAUAUCUCUAAACCAUAAUACAAUUAAAACUACAGGGGCAAGCCCAAUAGUCGAAAAUUCACAAAUGGCACAGGCAAUGGCCCAAACGACAAUGAUCUAGAGACACAAACAUACUUAUAUAACAUACACAAAUACAAACACCACAAACAAACCACGCACAUUGCAAAACAUGAGGAUUGCAUCUUAUAAUAAACCAAACAAAACUAAUGAUGAAGUACGAAUACCGACCCGGUUGUCUAGUUUAUUUGUCUAAGUGUCAGUUAAGAUUCCCAUGUUGCCAUUUGAUCGAAGGGUUUCGAGGUUUUAGUUUAAAGGCAAUACUUUUUUACCUUUUUAUUCAAUAAAUCAUCGACGGCAGUAUCAGUAUAACCACGCAUUGCCGCAUUCAGCACUCUCAGUGCUUUGAUUAUAUCACGUCUUGGUGAUAUACCUGUUGUUCAGAUACUGUUGUACAGACGAACUAGCCUAGUGAUUGAACGUUCGAUUCGAGUACGAAAGGAAGCUUGUUCAAUGCCAAGUCAUUCUAAAGUCAUUGUCUUUCUUUCGAUCGCUCAAAAUAUUGAAUAGGCUUGCUUAUUUACAUGUAUAUAACUCAUGUAAAGGAGUUUGAAAAGCCCUUUUAUUUGAAUGUUGUAUAAAGUUGAAAUAAGGAAAUCGUAGCUAAAUUAUAUCAGUGAAAGAAAAACCGUAACACGUUUGCUGAUCUUUCUUUUUUACAUAAAAUGUAAUAAAGGGAUUAUGACAAUAACUAAAAUUUAGAAAGAAAGUUAAUUCUUAAGUUGUUCCAUGUAUUUGCCUGUUAUAUAUAGAAACUGUUCAUGAGAAUCUAUGAAGACAGGUUGACAUAACCAGCUGUUUAUAGAAAAGAGUCUCAAUGGAGGCUUCAUCAUAUCAUAUACAGGUGAAAAAUAUAUUAUAUUUAAGUAACUGGUAUAAUGAGGGUCAGAAAUGUCCCGCAAAAUUGCAAAAUGUUCUAUCAUAUUUCUAAAACUUCUUGGGUCACUUUAAUUUAAAACUGAAAUGUUUGAGCGUUAGAGUUAAUAUAAAUGUAAGUUUGAUUGCGGAAAAAGCGCACGUCAGCAAGGUGCCGAACAUCGGACAGCUCAAUUUCGGACACAAACAAAAUCAUAGUGCAUAAAAUAUCACCCACAGAUAGUAUGUAUAUGUUUUUUAGGUUAAGUUUAUUGAUUAUUAACAGGUUGUUAUGUUAUUAACAUAUGGAAAUGAAAAAGAAAAAAAGGAAAAUA